AUGGGCAAGAAUUUUUCAAAGUUCGUGCCUGUUGUCGGAGGAACCAGUGUCCGCAUCGAUCAACGGGUCCUCUUCGGCGGCACUCACGGUCGUGUCCUCGACGUGUUAAGGAUGCGAUACCUUCGCCCUGACCACAUCAAAAUGUUUGUCCUGGCCGAGGCAGAUGAGAUGCUUUCGCGUGGCUUCAAGGACCAGAUCUACGACAUCUUUCAGCUCCUCCCUUCAAGAGUUCAGGUGGGACUCCUCUCUGCGACGAUGCCACCGGAGGCCCUUGAGAACACCAAGAAGUUCAUGAACAUGCCUGUUAGGAUCCUCGUGAAGCGAGAUGAGUUGACUAUGGAGGGUAUCACGCAGCACUACGUCAACGUUGACAAGGAAGAGUGGAAGUUUGACACGCUGUGCGAUCUCAAUGAGCUGGUGGCGAUCAGUCAAUCUGUCAUCAUCGUCAAUACCCGUCGCAAGGUCAACUGGCUCACUGAGAAGUUGAGGAGCAAAGACCAGACGGUGUCAGCGACUCAUAGCGACAUGGAUCAGAACACGAGGGACAUCACAUCAUCACGCGCGAGUUCCGAUCGGGCUCCUCCCGUGUGCUCAUCACGACAGACCUUCUUGCUCGUGGGAUCGACGUGCAGCAGGUCUCGCUGGUCGUGA